AUGAAUGUUAUCACUCCCGAGGUUGCCUUUAGAGAAUAUCAAGCCAAAUGUCUUGCAUCAUACAUUUCUGCUGAUCCGAGUAUCACGCCUUCAAAUUUAAUUUUGCAAGGUUACAGCGGAACAGGAAAGACCUACACCCUAAAGGAGUAUUUCAAAGCUAAUCCGGACUUGCACGCGGUAUGGCUGGAACCUGUCGAAUUGGUUUCGUGGAAACCCUUAUUGCAAGCAAUAGCACGGACUGUACAGUAUAAAUUAAAAAAAUUGUUUCCGAACGUUUCCACCAUGGACUAUGAUCCUUUACAGGUUGAAGAACCAUUUCUUUUAGUCAAAACACUGCAUAACAUCUUCGCCCAAUAUGAUUCUCUGCAGGAAAAUGCUUGUUUAUUCUUAGUACUGGAUGGCUUCGAUAGUUUACAAGAUUUGGAUGCGGCGUUGUUUAAUAAGUAUAUCAAACUAAAUGAAUUACUUCCAACAGAUUCGAAAAUUAAUUUAAAGUUUAUCUACACGAUGUUAGAGACGUCUUUUUUGCAGAGGUAUUCCACACAUUGCAUUCCAACUGUGAUGUUCCCCAGGUAUAAUGUUGAUGAAGUUUCUAGUAUAUUAGUGACUAGAUGUGGUGAGUUAGUAGAGGAUUCUUGUCUACGUAAACGCAUCAUUGAAGAACGGAUAACGGAUUGCACAGAUGACCAAUUCCAAAGCGUAGCAGCGAACUUCAUUCAUUUGAUUGUACAGGCAUUUCAUUCGUAUACAGGCAACGAUAUGUUUGCAUUGAAUGAUCUGAUUGACUUUAAGUGGCCUGAAUAUGUCUCUCACAUUACUAAGGAGAAUAUAUUUGAACCGCUGACUCUUUAUAAAAGUGCAAUCAAACUAUUUAUAAGCACAGGGGAUGGUUUGGGUACAAACGAACAAGAUGGCAGUGCUGUAAAUAUGAUACAGGAUAAUCUUAAGAAUAACCAAACUUACGAUCUAUCAAUAAUCUCCAAGUAUCUGCUUAUAGCCUCGUAUAUUUGUUCGUAUUUGGAGCCUAGAUAUGAUGCAAGUAUUUUCUCUAGGAAAACGCGUAUCAUACAAGGGAGAGCAGCUUAUGGACGAAGAAAGAAAAAGGAAGUCAACCCAAGAUACUUACAGCCUUCUUUAUUUGCCAUUGAGAGAUUAUUGGCUAUUUUCCAAGCUAUAUUCCCUAUGGAGGGAAAGGCGAAGAGUGGCUCUCUAUCAGCUCUUCGUGAGGAACCAUUAAUGAGAGCAAAUAUCGAGGUCUUUCAAAAUUUAUCAGAAUUGCAUACACUGCAACUAAUAGCUACAACGAUGAACAAAAAUAUCGAUUAUUUGAGUCCUAAAGUUAGAUGGAAGGUAAAUGUUCCUUGGGAAAUUAUUAAGGAAAUAUCGGAGUCCGUUCAAUUUGACAUUAGCGAUUACUUCAGUGAUGUUCACGAAUGA